AUGGCCAAGAUCAAAUGCUUAGGCAGCUGUUCAAGGCGCUUGUACGAAGGGGUUGUUGUGGACCACGGCAAAGGCAUUGAAGCAUAUCUGCGAAGUGUUUCUGAGGGAGACAUGGGCAAUGAGGAUGCAGGAGGCAACAAGGUUCCGCGCUAUUGCUGCAUCAACUGA